CAGAAAAGAAACGGACACCCACGAAGUGAAGAAAGAAAGCCCAAUGUUCACUGCUCUUUGCUUCUUUCCUCAUUUCAGAAAAGAAAGUAAAAUAAAAAAAAUUGAAUAAUUCCUUAUUCACUCUGCACUCUCCUGACUCUUCUAUCAUUCAUUCCUUUUUUUUGGAUAAAAACAUAAUAUAUAGAAAAAAAAUUGUAUAAUCUAAAUUCAUUUAAUGAUUUUUUUUAUGGAAAUAAAAUAUGUAGAAAAGCCAAGCACGGACAAGAUCUGAAUUCCAAGGAGAGCUCAAAACAGACAAGCAAACCAGAGUUCCCAACACUCUCAUCAGAGAAUAAACAUAAGAAAACAAGGUGAUUCUCAUCCUCAUCAACCUCCAUGCUCCCGCACUCUCAUUCAACUAAUCUCAGCCGUUGAUCUCCCCCUCUCCUGAUCCAUGACCCUUAUGUCCUUCAUAUCUAGGGUUUCCAUUUCCAACACGAUCAUCGUCUCCCGCCGCCACGAUGUCUUCCAAGAUCAGCGGCCAGGUUUCGCCUCAGCCCUGUCCCCACAUCCUCGACUUCCGCUCCCGUAACGGCUCCAAGCCGUUUCGCGCCCUCCAAGACUGCAUCCGAGUGAAGGCGCCCGGUGGCCGCGCCGCCAUUCGGAGGGAACCCUCCGAGGUCCCCCGGUGCGGCACGUGCGAGGAAUCCUCCCGUCCCAGGCUCUAUGCGUGCGUCGCCUGUGCCGCUGUUUUCUGCCACGCGCCUCCACUUCACUCCCACGCGUCGUCUCACGCUCUUUCCAUCCCCGGCCACGAGAUCGCAGUUGACGUGGACCGCGCUGAGCUCUUCUGCUGCGCGUGUCGUGACCAGGUGUACGAUCGCGACUUCGACGCCGCCGUAGUCCUCGCUCAAACCAUCACCGCCACCGCCACCACCUCCACCUCCGGAUCCACCGGAAUGCAAUGCAACAUCGCUGGAUCUCAACCGGAAAACCUACGAAAGCGCCGUCGAGUAGAUUACCGCCCGUGGGCCCCAGAUUCAAGAGAACACGCCAUCAUCGGAAACCAUUCGAUGCCUCUCAACGACACGACCAAUGCCUCAUCGAUUUCGUCAACAGAAUUACCUUGGGGAUUACGCGGAUUGAAUAAUUUGGGGAAUACUUGCUUUAUGAAUUCAGUUUUACAAGCAUUGCUCCAUACGCCGCCUUUGCGAAACUACUUCUUAAGCGAUCGGCAUAACAGAUAUUAUUGUCAGCAAAAGAAUGGUGCUCUUAAUGGUACUAAAAAUUCAAGAUUGUGUUUGGCUUGUGAUAUGGACGCGAUGUUUUCGGCUGUGUUUUCGGGGGAUCGGACUCCUUAUAGUCCAGCUAAGUUCUUGUACAGUUGGUGGCAACAUGCGGCAAAUUUGGCUAGUUAUGAGCAGCAGGAUGCCCAUGAAUUUUUCAUUUCCAUGCUUGAUGGAAUUCAUGAAAAGGUGGAGAAGGAUAAAAGGAAGUCCCAGAGUCCAGGCAGUGGAGAUUGUUGCAUUGCACACAGAGUAUUUUCUGGUAUUCUGCGAUCUGAUGUCAUGUGUAUGGCUUGUGGUUUCACAUCCACAACAUAUGAUCCAUGUGUAGACAUCUCCCUGGACUUGGAACCAAACCAAGGAGGUUCUGGGAAGUCUUCAUCCACAAAAUCCCACAAUUCUUGCAAUGUUGAGGCAGAUUUCGUUGGCUCCAGCCAAAACUGUGGAAUAUCUACCUUAAAGGGUUGCUUAGAACGAUUUACAAGAGCUGAGAAGUUGGGCUCUGACCAGAAAUUUUUCUGCCAAAAGUGUCAGGUGAGACAAGAAUCUCUUAAGCAGAUGUCCAUAAGAAAGCUUCCAUUGGUAUCGUGCUUUCAUAUUAAAAGAUUUGAACAUUCUUCAAUACGAAAGAUGCCGAGGAAGGUUGACCGGUAUCUGCAAUUCCCAUUUUCAUUGGACAUGGCUCCAUAUCUUUCUUCUUCCAUCUUGAGGAGUCGAUUUGGAAACAGGAUCUUCCCUUUUGAUGCAGAUGAACAAGAUGCAUCAAAUGACUUAUCAUCAGAAUUUGAGUUGUUUGCUGUCGUCACACACUCGGGUAGAUUAGAUGCUGGCCAUUAUGUGACUUAUUUGCGAUUAAGUAAUCAAUGGUACAAGUGUGAUGAUGCUUGGAUUACUAGAGUUAAUGAGAACAUUGUGAGGGCGGCACAGGGGUACAUGAUGUUUUAUGUACAGAAGAUGCUAUACUAUAAAGCAAGUGAAAAGCAAGCUGCCUCAGGAUAUGAUGUUCAGAGAUGAGAAUUUGGUUUUUAAUUCAAAUCAUAUAGGGCCGAAGAUAGGCUGCAUCAUUUGAAGGUGGUUAAUAUGGAAUCACUCAUCAGAUGCCAUGCCUAGUUUUGUAUUCCAUGAAAACAAGUUUAGUCAAGCUGCUCUGCUCAUUGGUAAAAGACUGGGCUGCUCUUCAGUCAGAUUGGAGUUUUAAGUGAGCCUAAAUUUUUGAGGCACUCCAAUAUUCAGGAAAAUCAAUUUUAUAAGGUAUGGGUUCCAUAAAAUGAUUUAUGAAUUUCUUUUUCCUUUUCAUUCAAGUGUCGUCCUUUUGAUUUAUUAUUUUUUUUCCUUUUUAAACCUAUCUGAAAUCGUCUACUAAUUGUUUCACACUUGAGACAUCCUUGCCAACGGACUGAUUGACAGUUAUCCUUUUUCAUAAGGCUAGGGUUCAUUUUCUGAGUUGGAAGGCACUCGUCCGUCUUUAACAUGAGCCUGACUGUUGGUUUAAUUUUUGUCUGUGUCAUGACAAAGCAGGAAAGAAAAUAGUAAAGUUAAAUCUAAAACCCUUCUCAUUGCAGGAUCAUCUAUGGCAUAUGGAGAGUUGAUAAGUGAUAAACCAGGCACUUCAAACAUAUUGACAAUUUAAAUACCUAAAAGUACACUGGGUUUUACGAGUGCAGUAAAGGUUGAACUGGUAAUUCCUUGUAUUCAAGCUCUAGGGUCACUUUGUCUUUGACCAUUUUCUUUUUUUAAAUGAUCAAUGAAAGCUAAGCCUAAGGUUGUGAUUUA